AUGGAUGGGAAUAUGGGAGAGGUGUCGGUUCACAGUCAUGUGGAGCUUGCACACAGUCAAGACAGUCGAGUGAUGCUGCACUCACGAGAUGUCUCUGCUGCCUUCUCGCGUCCAGCUUUGGGAAGCCCCCCCAUGGGCCUGGAACAUGAGCACAGAAGCCCUGGUUACGAGCACAGUAUGCCAACGCUGGGCUAUGGAAGGGAGAGCCCUGCAAACUGUGGCAGCACCUACACCACACUGACCCCCCUGCAGCCAUUUGACGACAAGUUUCACCAUCAUCAUCACCACCAUCCCUGUUUGCCUGUCAGCAAUGUAAUCGGUAGCUUUACACUCAUGCGCGAGGACAGAGGCCUUGGAGGUAACUUCUAUAACCCCUACAGCAAAGACUUGGGUAUGGCACAGACUCUGUCUCCGCCUCUGGGCAGCUCAGGUCUGGAACCGGCCAUGCACAGCUACAGCUCUUUAGGGACCCAGAAUGGACAUAGUGGCCAGAUGUUAGCAGGCAGCCAUGAGGUCCAUAUGGGCAGCAAUGGGAGUAACCUAUUCUGCCGAACAGUGGCAGACUUUGGGAGGGAAAUGUCACCCCCCUCUCUGGGCAGUGACCAUGGGGUCAGCCACCAUCUGAACAAGAUUGACCACCAGCACAUACCCACCUACCACCCCCAUAUAUAUACCCAGAGUUACCAGCAUCAUCAGCCCAGCCAGCAGGCCUCAAAGCUGGCUGAGCUAUCUGUUUCUUCCCCCUCCUCUUCCUCCUCUUCAAGUUCUGCUCUCACCAGGGAGGGUAUGUUGGCUGGUUCCCAGAGUAGCAGUGCAAGCGAGGAGAUCAACACCAAAGACGUGGCCCAGCGGAUCAUCACAGAGCUGAAGAGGUACAGCAUCCCGCAGGCCAUCUUCGCAGAGAGGGUGCUGUGCCGCUCUCAGGGUACCCUGUCCGAUCUGCUACGAAACCCAAAGCCCUGGAGCAAGCUCAAGUCUGGCCGUGAGACCUUCAAAAGGAUGUCCCGCUGGUUGCAAGAGCCAGAAUUUCAGAGGAUGGCAUCACUGCGACUGGAAGCAUGUAAGCGGAAGGAGCAGGAGCAGUCCAAGCAGGAAAGAAACCAGGGACCAAAGCGUACUCGCCUGGUCUUCACAGACUUGCAGCGACGUACACUGAUGGCGAUCUUCCGAGAAAACCAGCGACCUGCCAAAGAGCUGCAGGUGACAAUUGCACAGCAACUGGGCCUCGAGCUGUCCACUGUUAGCAACUUCUUCAUGAACGCUCGCCGUAGAAACCUCAACCGCUGGAGCGAGGAUGGACGCCCAUCCUCCACUGGGUCCUCAGGGUCCAGCACCUCCUCCCCUACUGUCUCUUGCACUACGGCAUGAUGCGAGAAGAGGCCAGAUCUCCACAGCAUGUGAAAGAUCUAACAUCUCUGAUGCUGACAGAGGUUUUUUUUUUAAUCGGAGUUGAUUUACACAGGAAUUAAAGUACAACUGAAACCAAAGAUAAAACACUAUGGA